UUGAGAGGCUCAGAAACUGUGUUCAGACAAAAUCAAUAAGUUGGAACAGUCGGGUAUAAAUAUGGUGAGGUGUCUACUGGCGGUGGUGGGCGUCCUACGGAUGUUUGGAGGGUUUCCUUACACUUGGAAUUCCUCCUCGUCUCCUACUUUCACCAGGAGGACGUACCUGGUCGCAUGGAGUGUGAUUUGUGGCCUCCUUGCCGCCGUGUUGGUAUUCCUCCCUGUGUCCCUCCAUAAGGCAGAUUUCCCCGUCUUAAGCAAGGAGACGCGUAGGACGUCCCUCACCAUCUCAGUUAACAUUUCGUGGAUAACUGUCGCAGCUCUGCUUAGCCACACCAUCUGUCACCAUACCAAACUGUGUAAGCUGCUUCAGUCUGUAUGUCAACUACCUUUCGUCGGUCAUCAACAAGGUUUCAGUAAAACAGGAUUAGUUGUUUGUGUCUCAACACUGUUAGUUGUGGCUGUAUGUCAAGCCGGCAACUUGAUGGUGGGUUUGCUUUUUCACGAAAAUGUGCCCCCAGUAGUCAGAACUCUCCUGCUUGUGAGAAAGUUCACCGUUGACAAUGUCGCAUAUAUUGUUCCACUCUUGUUCCACUUAACGCUCACACUCUUGGCAAGAUCACUCAAGAUCGCCUCGUGUACUUGGCUCUUUCCUUCGUCACCACACAAGAUGGAGUGCGACCCAGAAGCUCCUGUAGUAAUAACACAUGAAGACCAGACCAACACCUCCUGUGGUUAUAUCGCUUUAUCAAGGCAGGAAGACCCGACAACUUUUAUAUUCAUCCAGAACGAGUCUACUUCACAAGAAACCUUCCAUGAACUGAGCCUCACAGACAUCAGGAUGAUGAGGAACUAUGUGCUCACCUUCAACGUGGUUCUGGAAGACCUCCUGGGGUACUUCCAGUUGCCUGUGUUGGUGUUGUUGUUCAACGACUUGGUGCUCAUCACCACCAGGAGUUACCUGCUCAUCGUCAAUGAUACCAACAUCUUUACUGAGUGUCUGAGUAUCAUCUUUGGCUCAGCGAGUUUCACGAGGACGUUACUGCUCAUCAUCUCCCCGAGAUACAUUGUAAAGCAGAGGCAAGACAUCGCACGACGCCUCCGUAGGUACAAGAUGAAUCCUGUUCCACCCUCAGUAAAGGAGGAGGCUGGUCACGUGAUCACGGCCCUGGAGGACAGUCCUACGUUCACCAUCUACGGUCUCUUUGUCCUUGACCGUCAUUGUCUUCUGUCCAUCGCCAGCUUCGUGACCACCUAUGCCAUCAUCGCCUACCAGCUGGAGAUAGGCGAGAAUACCACUACCAAUACCACCACAACCACCUGCCUGUAACACGACACUCUGCCAGCUGUACUCUACCACCACCGCCAGCUGUACUCUACUUCCACCAGCUGUACUCUACCACCACCACCAGCUGUACUCUACUUCCACUAGCUGUACUCUACCACAACCACCAGCUGUAAUUUCUACUAUCACCGCCAGCUGUACUCUCUACUUCCACCAGCUGUACUCUACCACCACCACCAGCUGCUACUACCACCACCACCAGCUGUACUCUACU